UUUAGCUAUCAUCACAUCUGGAAAUAAAAAAUAUAGGCGUUCUCUAGUUAAUAAAUAUGAAAUUUCUGAUUUUAAUCACGUCCUAUUACAUUUCAAUAACAUUAGCUGAUGUAUCACAUUUAGUCAACAGUAAUGGUUAUAAUUAUGAUAGACCACAAGCAAUUUUUCCACCACAACAAGAUAGUGUAAUAAUCGAACCGCCACCACUGCCUGAAACUCAAUAUUUGCCACCACGUCCACAACCAAUUCCAAUACCAAUCCCACCACCACCACCACCUUCACCACAACCUUUACCUGUAUAUGUUUCUUCAACACCAGCACCAAUAUUUUAUAAUAUACCAUCGGCUCCGGCUCCAGCUCCACUUCCAGCACCAGUGGAACCAACUUAUACUGCUCCAAUUCAAGCACCAGAAUAUUUACCGCCACCAUUACCAUCUCCACAAGUUUCAAUUCAACAACCAAUUCGUAUAUCACAACCAGUCCAACCAAUUCAACCAAUUCAAAUACCAGAACCAGUUCGACCAAUUCAUAUACCAGAACCAGUUCAAAUACCAGAACCAGUUCGACCGAUUCAAAUACCAGAACCAAUUCAAACAAUUCCAGCACCACAGCCAAUUCCAGUACCACAACCUAUUCCUGUUAUAAGGCAACAAACUCAAGCAAUACCAUUACCAAGGCCUAGACCAAUAGAACCAGCUGUUAUUCCAAGAUAUAAUAUACCUAGACCUGUACAAGAAUAUUUGCCACCACCUCAAGUACCAGUACAAACAGUCAUAUCACAACCUUCUCCAAUUAUAUUUAGACAACAACCAGUGCCAUUUUCAUUAGCACCAAUUCCUGUUACACCAGCACCUCAUGUAAUUUUACCAAAUCCACCACAACCUGUGAUUCAAAAUUAUGUUCCUCCAGUACAAACACAAACAAUUGUAACACAAUCCCAAUCAUCAGGAUAUAAUUAUGAUGCUCCCAAUACACCAUUCUUUGCUAAGAAAUAACGUGAUAUUAAUUAGAGAAAUUACAUUUUUUUUUUAAUUAUUUUUGAAUCAUUAUUAUUUAAUUUUUCCAAAUUAAUCUAAAAGAAAAGUAAAUAAUUAUGCAACUAUAAUAAAUGCAUUUUUUAAUAAAAUUUUAUUUUAAUAAAAACUG